CCGGGUCGGGCCGUAGCUAGCGCCGGGCGGGCAGCGGCGCCAGAGCGAGUGGAGCCUUCGGGGUCCCCGGGUGGCGGCGGCGGCGGCGGCGCAGAGGAGGAAGGCGGCGGCUCUCCCCCUGCCGGCGCGCGACCCGGUCCGUCCCGCGAGCUCGCGCCGGUCCCGCGGCCCGGCCCGGCCCCGGGCCCCUCCGCCGCCGCCGCCACCGCCAUGGCCCGGCCGCUGGUGCCCAGCUCGCAGAAGGCGCUGCUGCUGGAACUGAAGGGGUUGCAGGAGGAGCCGGUGGAGGGCUUCCGGGUGACGCUGGUGGACGAGGGCGACCUGUACAACUGGGAGGUGGCCAUCUUCGGGCCCCCCAACACCUACUAUGAGGGCGGCUACUUCAAGGCUCGCCUCAAGUUCCCCAUCGACUACCCGUAUUCCCCACCAGCCUUCCGGUUCCUCACCAAGAUGUGGCACCCAAACAUCUAUGAGACAGGGGACGUGUGCAUCUCCAUUCUCCAUCCCCCAGUUGACGACCCACAGAGUGGGGAGCUGCCCUCGGAGCGGUGGAACCCCACACAGAAUGUCAGAACCAUCCUCCUGAGUGUAAUCUCGCUGCUGAAUGAGCCCAACACCUUCUCGCCUGCCAACGUAGACGCCUCGGUGAUGUACAGAAAAUGGAAGGAGAGCAAGGGGAAGGACCGCGAGUACACAGACAUCAUCCGGAAGCAGGUCCUGGGGACCAAGGUGGACGCAGAGCGCGAUGGCGUGAAGGUGCCCACUACGCUGGCCGAGUACUGCGUGAAGACCAAGGCGCCGGCGCCCGACGAGGGCUCGGACCUCUUCUACGACGACUACUAUGAGGACGGCGAAGUGGAGGAGGCUGACAGCUGCUUUGGGGAUGAAGAGGAUGACUCUGGCACCGAAGAGUCCUGACCCACGUCCCUGAAAUAAACUUACAAAUUUUACCUCAGCAGGACCCGUGUGGGCCUCAGGCGACAGACUACCUCACCGACGUUCCAUGUGGGCUCCCAUCCCAUGAUCCUUAGGUCCUCUUACCCCGUAUUCCCCAUGGUUUUCCUCGGCUUUGGAGAAGAGCUGUGGUGCAGGGCAGACACCCCACUCAGCCUUCAGAUGAUGAUAAGCCUAGGAGGCUGGGGACCGACUGCCUGGUGGGGAGCCAGAGACUCCAGCCCAGCCCAAGGAGGGCCAGCACCACAGUCUCCUCUCUGCCUUUGGUGUGUGUGAAAUCAAAUAAAAUAGCUUUCUGAGAA